AUGCUGAACUUCUGCGCUGCCCCCAGCCGCAAGAGGAAGAGCACGCAGUCGGACCUGGCCUUUUUCAGGUUCCCGCGGGAUCCCGCCAGAUGCCAGAAGUGGGUGGAGAAUUAUAGGAGAGCGGACUUAGAAGAUAAAACACCUGAUCAACUAAAUAAACAUUAUCGAUUAUGUGCCAAACACUUUGAGACCUCUAUGAUCUGUAGAACUAGUCCUUAUAGAACAGUUCUUCGAGAUAAUGCAAUACCAACAAUAUUUGAUCUUACCAGUCAUUUGAACAAUCCACAUAGUAGACACAGAAAACGAAUAAAAGAAUUGAGUGAAGAUGAAAUCAGGACACUGAAACAGAAAAAAAUUGAUGAAACUUCUGAACAGGAACCAAAAUAUAAAGAAAUAAACAACAGCAACGCUCAGAAUCCCAGUGCAGAAGGGGGUGAAGAACAGGAUGAAGACAUUUUACCUUUAACCCUUGAAGAGAAAGAAAACAAAGAAUACUUAAAAUCUUUAUUUGAAAUUUUGAUUCUUACGGGAAAACAAAACAUACCUCUGGAUGGGCAUGAUACUGAUGAAAUCCCAGAGGGUCUGUUUACUCCGGAUAACUUCCAAACACUGCUGGAGUGCCGGAUGAAUUCUGGCGAAGAGGUUCUGAGAAAGCGCUUUGAGACAACAGCAGUUAACACAUUGUUCUGCUCGAAAACACUGUAGAAACAGAUGCUAGACAUCUGUGAGAGCUGCAUUCGGGAGGAGACCCUCAGGGAAGUGAGAGACUCCCACUUCUUUUCCAUCAUCACUGAUGACGUAGUGGACAUAGCAGGGGAAGAACACUUGCCUGUGUUGGUGAGGUUUGUUGAUGAAUCUCAUAACCUGAGAGAGGAAUUUGUGGGCUUCUUGCCUUAUGAAGCUGAUGCAGAAAUUUUGGCUGUAAAAUUUCACACUACGAUAACUGAGAAGUGGGGGUUAAACAUGGAGUAUUGUCGUGGCCAGGCUUACAUUGUGUCCAGUGGAUUUUCUUCCAAAAUGAAAGUCGUUGCUUCUAGACUUUUAGAGAAAUAUCCCCAAGCCUCGAGAAGUGCUGGGACCAGUGGUAGCAAAUCUGCCCUUUCUCUAUGUGGAAGUUCUCAAAUGUAUGUCCUUCCAAGAUUUGGAGAGCUAGUGAAAUGGUUGCUGGGUUAUGCUACCCAGAUCGCCCUCAAAAAAUGA